AGUUCAAACAAUCAACCGGCAGUUAAGGAAAGUGAUUUGGUUACAAUCAACAACGACAGAAUAAUUUGAUAGGACCAAAAAUGAAGAACAAAGGUCUUGCAAUUUUGAUGAGAACUCGAAUGCGACCUGCUAAUCCCUCUAAAUUUCCUCUUUCUCCUGCCACUAACGAGCUAAAUAAAAUGUCUGGAAAUUCACAAGGAUAUGAACCCAGAAAUCAAAGUUCUGAAGGCUCAGAUUUUGCUCAAGAGCCCGAAUACCAAGAAAGAGGAUUUGAACUUGUGCGAGAAAGAAUGCACUCAGCAAUUUCCGUGAACAAGUUGCACAUUCAGAAUACUGUUUUGAGUGAUUUCUCCGAGGGUUACUAUGGUCUUUCUACUGAAGAUCGACAUAAGUUACUGAUGGUGCUUGCCAAAGACUAUGACCUCAACAGGACUCGUGUUUGUGACCUUAUGAAACAAUAUCUUGGCCUUCACCUCCCUGUUGGUUAUAAAGGUGAUAUUGGUAUUGAGGAAGAUGGUUACUUGUCCUCUUUCUAUUGGACUGAGAGGAACUUGAGACAGGCACUACAGCCAGCAUAUGAAGUUCUCUUCGAAAGGAUGAAUACCCAUCCUGGAGGAUUGAAAUUUUUAUCUAUACUUCGCGCCGAUGUUCUUUCGAUUCUCAAGGAACACAACAUCCCAUCUUUACGAGCACUAGACUCUAAUUUAAAAGAGAAACUUAUAACAUGGCUUAGUCCAGCCACAUUGGAGCUUCACUGCAUUACUUGGGAUGAUCCUGCUUCCUUGUUGGAAAAGAUUGUUGCCUAUGAGGCUGUUCAUCCCAUCAGCAGUCUGAUAGAUCUUAAGAGGAGACUAGGAGUAGGUCGUCGGUGUUUCGGGUAUUUGCAUCCUGCAAUUCCUGGUGAACCUCUUAUUUUUAUCGAGGUAGCACUAUUGAAACAUGUUGCGCAGACAAUACAGGAAGUCCUUUGGGACAAUCCUCCAAUACCUGAAUGUGAUGCAACAUGUGCAUUGUUGUACUCUAUAUCAUCAACUCAACCAGGCUUGGCAGGGAUUAACCUUGGCAAGUUUCUUAUUAAACGUGUGAUCGAGCUGAUUAAACGAGAUAUGCCACAAAUAUGUACAUUUGCAACACUUAGCCCAAUCCCUGGUUUCAUUGGAUGGCUAUUAUCAAAGCUGGAAUCACAAUCCAAACUUGCGAAAGCAGACACUUUAGAUGUUACAUGUUCUUCCGAGGAAAGCGCUGAUUCUGUAUUCAGAGAAAAUGUUCUAACAGCAGAAGAAGAAAGAGAAGUUCUAGAUAAACUGGGGGAAUCUACAUCUGGGAAAAAUGGCAUUAAAAUCAUAAUGAACUUGCUAAAAUCUCCAAAUAAUGAAUGGAGCAAAUCUGAAGAGGUUUUGUCGGUGCUGAAACCUAUCUUGAUGCGUCUUUGUGCCAGGUAUCUUCUUCAAGAAAAAAAGAGAGGAAAAGCUUUAGAUCCUGUUGCAAACUUUCACUUGCAGAAUGGGGCGAUGGUUGAAAGGUUAUGCUGGAUGGCUGACAAAUCAGAUAAAGGGCUCUUGCAAAGUGGUGGUCUUUUGGUCAAUUAUAUAUACAGGUUGGACAACAUUGAACAGAACGCACAAUUGUAUUUAAGCACGAACCACAUUACUGCUGCAAUGGAUCUUUGGAGACUUGUAGAAUAGAUGUAGUGUACUUACUUACACUAGUAUCACUUGUACCUAUGUAUAUGAGUUUUACAUGUAUAAAUUUUCUCCUACCAGCAAACAUCACCAACAAUUUGAAUUGUUCAUAUUACAACUAAAAUCGUCCAAGUUUGCUGAUGAAAUUUACAAAAUAUACAUAUCAAAUUGGAUUCUUUGUGUACAUGCCUUGAAAACUUGUAAAUCUUUGAGCUCUUAUAAAUGAACUCCGUUCUUA